CCCUUCGACCCUUGACUCCCAGUUUCACAGCAAUCAUGGCUGAUUCUCUCACCGAGGAGCAAGUCUCCGAGUUCAAGGAGGCCUUCUCUCUGUUCGACAAGGACGGCGAUGGUCAAAUCACCACCAAGGAGUUGGGUACCGUUAUGCGCUCCCUGGGCCAGAACCCCAGCGAGUCUGAGCUGCAAGACAUGAUCAACGAAGUUGACGCCGACAACAAUGGCACCAUUGACUUCCCAGAGUUCCUCACCAUGAUGGCCCGCAAAAUGAAGGACACGGACUCCGAAGAGGAGAUCCGAGAAGCAUUCAAGGUCUUCGAUCGUGAUAACAACGGCUUCAUCUCGGCUGCCGAACUGCGCCACGUCAUGACCUCCAUCGGCGAGAAGUUGACCGACGACGAGGUUGACGAGAUGAUCCGGGAGGCUGACCAGGACGGUGAUGGACGUAUCGAUUACAACGAGUUCGUGCAGCUGAUGAUGCAGAAGUAGAGCUUGGAGCUUGGUACUUGGAUGAUUAUGCACAUCAUGACGGAGACACGGCUGAGAAUCAAAUGCAACAAGCAAGGGUGCGGUUUUGACUUGUUGGCGUAGCGGUUCGAUUACUUGCAAGUUUUUUACCAGCUCCCGUACCAACGUCUCUGGGAGACGCCUCUAUAUAUCCUCAAUCCAUUCCUCCCG